AUGGCAUCUCAAUAAUAAUAAUAAUAAUAAAGUGCACAGCAGCCCUCAUAGCAAAAACAGCCCAUCAGAUAGCCAGAUGUUAAAACCCAACUCAAAUAACUUUACGAUAAAUCCAGUAUUUAAUUUGAUGAUGAAACAAUUCAAUUGUGUCCAUAAAUUUAAAUAUUGAACAACUUGGUGAAAUACGAGAAUCGCAUAGAUCAAAUGAUUAAAAACAAGCGAGUUGAUUUACAGGAAUCUUUUAUCUAACCAGGAUAAUAUCUUAAAAAGACCCUCAGAAUUAUUGUCUACUCUGAACUGGUUUGCGACGAAUGGAAUCUUUUCAUCAAAGGAUAAGUGUUGUCAGAAGACAAGAAACCUUUCUCUUAUUUUAUCAGAUAACUUGAAGUCCAAUUCGAUAAAACCUAUUACCCCUCUUAAAAUGUCAUCCAAUGGAGUAGAAAUCAUCUGCAAUAGCAAUAAUAACAGUAAUAGUCACAAUCAUAAUCACAAUAACAACAGGAAACAAGUGGAUUUCACAUCAAAAGAAAAGGACCAGCAUGUGAUGUGAUUAUUUCAAUAAGUCUUCAAACCUACCCUUAGAAGUACAAAUUGCACAAGACACUUCAACAAUUGCUCGGAAUUAAAGAAGGCACACGAUCCUAGAUCUUGUAUUGCUUUUGGGAAUAUGUGAAACUCAACAAUUUAACUGAUAAAGAGAGUAAAGAUUACAUAAUAGCUGAUGAAUAAUUGAAAUAAUUAUUUGGGUAGGAACGUAUACCCUUAUCAAAUCUGAAUAUGCUCCUUAAAAUGUUUAUUGAGAAUCCGGAACCUAUUGUCAUAAAACACCAUUUAGGAGUUAGUAAUUAUAUUGGGUUUGAUGUUGUGGUUGAACAGGAAAUGAGUUAUUAGCCAGAAUUAAUGCCAUUCUUGGCUUAAAAGGUAGUGACAGAAGAUAAUUCAGAGAAGAAGCAAUAAAGAGCAGAACAUCCCUUCAUUCAAUUAAACUAGAAAAUUAAGGGAUUUGAAAAGCAGAUUCAAAAAUUCAUUGAGUAAAGCAAGAGCCACAAAUUAAAAAGAGAUGCCUAUUAUUCAUAUCAAAAGAAUCCAAGCUUGUUUUUGGAAAAUCUAUUCUUACAAUAAAACUCAUAUUUGGAAUUGAUGUAAAAUGAUGAUGAAAUGCGCAAUGAAGAUCCUAAAAACAUGAAAUUCCUUAUGAAAAAUUAGGAAUUGGUAGAGAGACAGAUUCGUAAGUAUUUGGAAUAACAACAACAACCUUAAUAAUGA